AUGGAGGAAAAUUUGAUAAGCUUGAGGGAAGACCAUUCUUUUCACGUUCGUUACAGAAUGGAAGCUUCUUGCCUUGAGCUGGCCUUGGAAGGGGAGCGUCUGUGUAAAUCGGGAGACUGCCACGCUGCCGUGUCAUUUUUUGAAGCUGCAGUGCAAGUUGGAACUGAAGACCUUAAAACCCUUAGUGCUAUUUACAGCCAGCUGGGCAACGCUUACUUCUACCUGCACAAUUAUGCCAAAGCCCUGGAAUACCACCACCAUGAUUUAACUCUUGCAAGGACUAUUGGAGACCAGUUGGGGGAAGCCAAAGCUAGUGGCAAUCUGGGAAACACCUUAAAAGUGCUUGGAAAUUUUGAUGAAGCUAUAGUUUGUUGUCAGUGACACCUAGAUAUUUCCAGAGAACUCAAUGACAAGGUGGGUGAAGCAAGAACACUCUACAAUCUUGGAAAUGUGUAUCAUGCCAAAGGGAAAAGCUUUGGUUGCCCUAGUCCUCAGGAUGUAGGGGAAUUUCCAGAAGAAGUAAGAAAUGCGCUACAGGCAGCCGUGGACCUUUAUGAGGAGAACCUGUCACUGGUAGCUGCCUUUGGUGACAGAGCAGCUCAGGGACGAGCCUUUGGAAACCUGGGCAACACACAUUACUUCCUCGGCAACUUCAGAGAUGCUGUCAUUGCUCAAGAGCAGCGGCUCCUUAUUGCAAAAGAGUUUGGAGAUAAAGCAGCUGAAAGAAGAGCAUAUAGCAACCUUGGAAAUGCAUACAUAUUUCUUGGGUAAUUUGAAACUGCUUCUGAAUACUACAAAAAGACACUGCUGUUGGCGCGACAGUGUAAACACCGAGCCGCAGAAGCGCAGUCUUACUACAGCCUUGGAAACACGUACGCGUUACUUCAGGACUAUGAAAAAGCCAUUGACUAUCACCUGAAGCACUUAGGGAUGGCCGAAGAGCUAAAGGAUAGAACUGGCGAAGGAAGAGCAUGUUGGAGCUUAGGAAAUGCAUCCAUAGCUCUAGGAAAUCAUGAUCAAGCUUUGCAUUUUUCCGAAAAGCACUUGGAAAUUUCAAAAGAGGUUGGGGAUAAAAGUGGUGAGCUAACAGCCCAACUGAAUCUCUCAGAUCUUCAGAUGGUUCUUGGUAUGAGCUACAGAACAAAUAAUUCCAUGAUGUCUGAAAAUAUUGAAAUUGAUAGCAGUAUAAAUGGUGCACACCCCAAGUUGGGACGGCGACUCAGUAUGAAAAAUAUGGAGCUUAUGAAGUUAACACCAGAAAAGGUACCAAGUUGGAAAAUUCUUGCUAACCAAAAGCCUCUUUUUGCCAAACCUUCUGCAAAGCUACUGUUUGUCAACAGAUUGAAAGGGAAAAAAUAUAAAUCCAGUACCUCUACCAAAGUCCUCCAAGAUGCCAGUAAUUCCACUGACCACCGGAUUCCAAAUUCUCAAAGGAAAAUCAGUGCAGAAACCAUUGGAGACGAAGCGUUCUUUGACCUGUUGAGAUUUCAGAGCAACAGGCUGGAUGAUCAGAGGUGCUGCUUACAAGAAAAUGCCUGCCCCACAGCCAAGGCGGCCUCCUCCACUCCCGGCAAAGCCUCGAGGAAAUCACCACCUGCUUCUGUGGUAUCCCCCACCACAGACAAGUUUUUAGAUCUUCUCACCAGCUCACAGAGCCAGCGUCUGGAUGACCAAAGGGCCAGUUUCAGUCAUUUGCCAGGGCUUCGUUUGACCAAAAACAACCACCAGUCGGUUCUUGGGCACCUAAUAACCAAGGACAAGAAGGAGCCUGAUGAAGAUUUCUUCGACAUCCUCGUCAAAUGCCAAGGGUCCCGAUUAGAUGAUCAAAGAUGCGCUCCACCACCUGCCGCCACCAAGAGUCCAACGGUACCAGACCAAGACUUUUUCAGCCUUAUUUUACGGUCUCAGGCUAAGAGAAUGGAUGAACAGAGAGUUCUGCUACAUAGAGAUCAAAACAGAGACAGUGCAUAUGAGCUAAAGGACCUUUUGCAAAGUCAUGCUUUGCUGGAACUUAAUUCAGGAAAAUAA